AUGGCUACCAACGGCGAUUUUACCGACGAUGAAUCGCAGCCUGGCUCUCCCAUGCUGGAUGCGGCGAACGGCCAGGAUGACAUUGAAGAACAGGAGCCCCUUGACGUGGAAGAGAAGCCCCUCAAGUCUGCGAUGAAGAAAGGCUCAGCGCCCCCUGCUCCUCAGCCGAAGCGUCCAGAACUUCCCGAGCAGCCCGACCCAGAGACUCUCGAUUUGUCGACACUCACGCCUCUGUCGCCCGAGAUUAUUGCGCGCCAGGCGACAAUCAACAUCGGUACUAUCGGACACGUCGCUCACGGCAAGUCGACUGUAGUGAAGGCUAUUUCGGAGGUGCAGACUGUCCGGUUCAAAAAUGAGUUGGAGCGUAAUAUUACCAUCAAGCUUGGUUAUGCCAACGCGAAGAUCUACAAGUGCGACAACCCUGAGUGCCCGCGCCCGACGUGCUUCAAGAGUUACAAGAGUGAGAAGGAGGUCGACCCUCCAUGUGAGAGAGAAGGAUGCACAGGUCGUUACAGAUUGCUGAGACAUGUCUCGUUCGUCGACUGCCCUGGGCACGAUAUUCUCAUGAGUACCAUGUUGUCAGGUGCCGCCCCUCAGACUUCGGAGCACUUGGCAGCUAUUGAAAUCAUGAAGCUCAGCCAUAUCAUCAUUCUGCAGAACAAGGUUGAUCUGAUGAGGGAAGACGGUGCUCUGCAACAUUACCAAUCAAUCCUGAAGUUCAUUCGUGGUACUGUCGCCGAUGGCUCUCCUAUCAUUCCCAUCUCUGCUCAGCUCAAGUACAACAUCGACGCUGUCAACGAACACCUUGUCUCGCACAUCCCGGUUCCCGUCCGUGACUUCACUGCUUCCCCUCACAUGAUUGUCAUCCGUUCCUUCGACGUCAACAAACCCGGUGCGGAGAUCGAUGAGUUGAAGGGUGGUGUUGCAGGUGGCUCUAUCCUCAAUGGUGUGCUGAAGCUGAACGACGAAAUUGAGAUUCGCCCCGGUCUCGUUACCAAGGACGAGAACGGCAAGAUUCAGUGCCGCCCCAUCUUCUCCCGGGUCGUCUCGCUCUUUGCUGAGCACAACGAUCUGAAGUUCGCUGUGCCUGGAGGUCUGAUUGGUGUCGGUACCCGUGUCGACCCUACCCUGUGCCGUGCCGAUCGUCUCGUCGGUUUCGUCCUAGGUCACCGUGGCCGUUUGCCGGCCAUCUACACUGAACUGGAGGUGAACUACUUCCUGCUGCGUCGUCUGCUCGGUGUCAAGACUGCCGACGGCAAGCAGGCCAAGGUCGCCAAGCUCACUAAGAACGAGGUCCUCAUGGUUAACAUCGGCUCUACGGCCACUGGUGCUAAGGUUAUGGGUGUGAAGGCUGAUGCUGCCAAGCUCAGCUUGACCAGCCCGGCUUGUACAGAGAUUGGAGAGAAGAUUGCUAUCAGCCGGAGAAUUGACAAGCAUUGGCGUCUGAUCGGCUGGGCCAAUAUUGUCGCUGGUAACACUCUUGAGCCCAUUCUGAACUAG